UUGACAGUUGACAUUUGACAGUUCGCGUCGGAGACUUGUGUGCGAUGCUUGUCUGCGAAGUCGUUCCCUCAGAUACGCUGCUGUUUACAGAGUGUGCCGUAACACGACACGUUUGAAGGGACCAACGUUACGCGUGUGCUGUGCUAUUGUGAUCACUGGAUAUUGUGAUACUUUGUGUUGUGAUAAUGCAUUAUCGUUAUGAAAGUUGUUAGCUUGCAAUUGCCAUCAGGACCCAGCAUGGAGCUACCGCUUCCAUUCAGUCCUACAGAGCUUUUAUGGCGAUACUCGCGAGCGAUGAGCUCGAAUACCUAUAGUGUAUACUCCGUAGUGUACAGUGUUGUUUACUACAGUAAACAUAACCUGUGUUUUACUUGAAAACAAAUUAUUUUUCUGAUAAUAAAAUGUCUGACCGUGAUAAUUUAGAGAGUGAAAGUGAUCAGCCCCCUGCAAAGAAAGCAAAAUCACACUAUGACACACCAAGUCAUCAAACCCAACAAUCAUCACAAGGGUCACGAAAUAUUAUUAUUGAAACUGGACAUCACCAAGAUCAUUUAAACACAAGACAUACUAUUAAUGUUAUAGUAAAUAAUAAUAAAAAAGAACGUCAAAAACGAUACAGGGAGCAGAACAGAGACAAAUUAAAGCAGCGUGAAGCGGAAAGAAGAAAACGCAUACAAUAUUCACAAAGUAUUGCCGGACCAUCUGCCUCUUCAAAGACGAAUAGAAUAGAACUGAAUAAUGAAGAAAUAAUUACAGCUCAAAGUUCAUCUGGUUCGGAGAAAAUACAACCAUCAUCCAUUCAAAGAUACGAUCAAGCCAUGAACACGGUAGAUAUUGAAAAGUUCAUAGAAUGCGUGAAAGGCUACCCCAUACUGUACAACAGACGACACAAAUUCUAUAACAGUAUUGCGAAAAAAACACUAGCAUGGGAACUUGUUGGCAAGGAAAUGAACGAGUCGAGUGACGUUCUAAGAGUUAAAUGGAAAGGCCUAAAGGAUGGUUACACAAAAUAUAAAAGAUUCCAAGCUGGUGUUGCACCAUCCAACAAAUCAUACCACAGCUGGUGCUGGAGCGAAAACUUAAAAUUCCUAGACGAAUAUGUGAUAAAUAAAAAUAAUUCUAAAUACAAGAAUGCGCAGACAUCAGAGACGUCAUCGCCGUCACCGCCGCGACAGUCUCCAACGCCGAGCGCGGAUGACAAUGAUUUGCGUGAGAACAUAGAAUCCGCGCAAUGGACGGUUAGCCCGGCCAUACAGUAUGAGUCGUAUAGCAGCCGCAGAUCGUUGUCCGUGACAGACGAGGAAUAUGACCCAAAACGCCAGAAAGUAUUAGAUCCCGUAGAUCAUUUGUUCACCAGCUAUGCGGGAACAUUUAGAAAGUUCUCCCUUAAAACCCAAUGUAUGAUAAAGGUUAAGAUGGCUAAAAUAUUCGCUGAUGCUGAACUUGCCGAGUUUGAGUCUGUACAUACAAAUGUAUCGGAGGUCUUACUGAAUGUUAGUAACGAUAACUCGAUAGAUAGUUCGCAGUUUACAAAGAUAAAGAUAGAAAAAGCUGAUUUAUGAAACUUUAUAUUUUCUUGAAGGAAGCAGUGGUAAUUCUGUUACUGCGUUGUGAUUGUACAUAAUUAAUUAUAUUUAUCGUAUUUGAAU